GAAAUAUUCCACAAGAUGCAAUGACCAAAACUUAAUUAAUCGCAGACGAAUCAAAAACCCCUGCAAAACCCUCCCCCCUUUGUCUCCAUCUUUCCCCCACAAGUCAUUCCACAACGAAGAAGAAGCAUGCAGCUGCUAAAAACCUUGAGGCGAUCUUCUCUAAAUAAUCAUUCUUUCACUUUUAGACAACAUGCCGCUUUCUCUGCAUCAUCUUCGUCGACCUAUUCCACACCUUCUGAUCCCGCUUUCUCUCCCACUCCCACUCCCACUCCCACUCCCACUCCCACGCCUUCCAAAUCGCGGUUUCUUUCGUUUCUCGGUUUCACCGUCUUCGGCGCUCUCUCCACUGCCGGUUACGCUACAUACGCAUAUACUGCUGAUGAAGUAGAUGAGAAGACAAAAGCCUUUCGAUCUUCAAUCAAUCAUUCCUUGGUAGAUGCUACACUCACUAUUGAAACAAUCCCGCAUCUGGUCUAUUCCAGUGUAAUGACAGUACCUUCUAGAGCUGUUGAUCUUUACCUGGAUUUAAGGCGAGUGAUCGAAGAGCGUGUGCAGGAGUUUGCUGAACCUUGUGCUGAUAAACUUCUCCCAGAUAUGAUUAAAGAAGAACAAGAACAUAGAGUGUUCACCCUUGUUUUGGAUCUAAGUGAGACAUUAAUUCUUAGUGAGUGGAAGCGUGAGAAAGGUUGGGCUACUUACAAGAGACCAGGGCUGGAUGAUUUCUUGGAGCACUUGGCUCAAAUCUAUGAGAUUGUCGUGUAUAGUGAUGUUGCAAUGUUGGAUGAGCAAAUAAGUUACAAGCUCCAGGAAAAAGGUGUGCGAUACAUUCUAGUGAGAUCCGCCACAAAAUAUCAGGAUGGGAAGCAUUUCCGGGAUCUCUCCAAGUUAAACAGAGAUCCUUCCAGAGUUAUCUAUGUGAGCGGACAUGCAUUGGAAUCCUGCCUUCAGCCUGAAAAUAGCGUUGCUAUAAAACCUUGGAAAAAAGAAACAGAUGAUACAACAUUGAUUGACCUCAUUCCAUUUCUUGAAUACGUUGGUCUCCACAGACCGGCUGAUAUUAGAACAGUUCUUGCUUCAUACAAUGGGAAGGAUAUUGCAAGUGAAUUCAUUAAUCGUUCCCGAGAGUAUCAAAGGCAGAUAGGAAAAAAGAAGCAGAAGCCCUUCCGUUGGAGCUACUCGUAGGAGAAGCAACUCUUUUUCCCUUAAAAGUUAAAACUAUACUUAGGGGCUGGUUAAGCAAUAUUUAUUUUCAAGCUUCAGGUGGCAACGGUAGCUGCUUGGCACGAAAUUAUAAAUUCACAUGUUCAAAAGUUGAGUAUUAUGUGAGUAAUUUUGUAAAUUCUGUUUUUAGUGAACUAGCUGACAGUUUUCAGUCUAUAGAGUUUGUAGUUCAGAUCUUGAUGUUGCAACUACUUUACUGUUCCAAGAAAAAAACAAGAGAAGGAAAAAUUGAAUAGAGGAUUAUCGUUGCAGCUCUUCGUAUUGUAUUGUCACUUGCAUUA